ACUAGACUCGGAGCGCCGAAGACCAUAACCGAAACAACUCGAUCACUUUGAUCGGCACAAAGCUUUACUCUUGCCUGCUGCACCUUCACUAACCAGCUCGGCGAACAACGGUAGAAGGCAGUCUUUGGCGAGUCGUCGACUUAAGAGUGUGUCUCUUACCGGUGCCAUACGUCUCUGAAUCCCAUGAAUGUCCUCUCAGAAGGACCGCGAUAAUGAACAGCAAACUGGGAACUCCGUUUAUGCCGCUCUUGCUAGAACAGCGACGCGCAGCGUAGCCCUCUAUUUCUCUCGACCGGUUCGCCUCUUCAGGCCAUCGAAAGUCUCAGGCUGGCAGAUCCUGAAGGGUCUAGCCACGCAACAUGGCCAGACGUUAUCGCCACGCUACAUCUCAUGGCUAGUUAAGGAGCAAGGAUACAUGGUGAUUCCGAAGCAUUUCAUACCUCCCAUGCUGGUCAAUAUCGCUUUAGGAUCAGUGCUCUGGACUGCGUAUGCAGAGGCUUCGGACUUCCUUACGCCCCACAUUUCAUCACCGCUCUGUGUCGCUGCGGUUUCAGGCGGCAUUGCAGGUGGAACGCAGGCCAUCCUUGCGGCACCUGCCGAAAAUGUGCGAUUCCUCUUGGAAGGCGGGUCUCCUGCUGUCGGCUGGUCUCAUGCAUGGAAGGAGGUGUUCAGAGAUACACAGAGCAAAUCAGCCACAUCAGCUCAGGCUGAGUUACACGAGGCUCGUCAAGUAAGGCAAUGGAUGAAAGAAGUAGGUGAAAUGGCCGGUCGAGGAUGGGACGGCUGGGGUUGGGGAUGCGGAAAAGACGUCUGUGGUUUCGCCGUGUUUUUCUCGAUCUUCGAAGUGACACGGCGUAUAGCUCUCCAGGCGAAGGCCUCUUCAGAGGUUGCUCUGUUCCCAGAUGGCCGGUGUGAGAAGAAGGGUUCCCUGAAGAAUAACACGCCUCGGAUUGUACACGCAGUCACCCUAGUCUCUGGCGGCGCAGGGGCUGGUUUGGCUUAUGAAUUGGCUACUCGGCCUUGGGAUAUCGCAAGGAAGACUGUGCAUGUAGAUCGCAUAACCGCCGGCAAGGAACACCAUUCAAUUGCGGUGAUAUUGAUGCGUAAACUCAGAGUUGAGGGUCUGUCCUCAUUCUUUGCGAAUCCUUCUCCUGCCACACAUGCCGAUGACGUGCAAGCCUCCCCCGUACAACGCCGCCUGUAUUCCGCUUUAAGGACAUUGGCUAGAGUUGGGCCUUGGGGUGUCGGAUUCUUGGUGUGGGAGGCAUUUGGUCCUGGAAUAUCGUAAUACUUGUCAAUACUACUCCGCCUGUCUUCUCCAUCUCAUACAUUCCAGACUUCAUUUCUAAUGGAUCGCAAAUACCAUUCUGUCGGGGCUGGGGAAGUUGAUGGUUGCUCAAAUUACUUCUCUGCAUCUCAGCGCGUGAGUUUCCGAUAACUUGCAAGAUUUGGAGCCGGGGGAGCUGCACGCUUUAGGGUUCAGACCUUCAACGUUCAGAGUCCAACGUUCGCUUAGGAUGACUAAUUGUAGAAUUGAGACGUGGCGUUUCAUUAUGCAUCGAUUUGGCUGAUCUGCAAUGCCUUGAGAAGAACCGUAGCGGACUUGCAAGCAUUGAUCAAUGACCACUGAGAAGGUGGCAGUGGAGUGCUGGAGAACAUAGGACCGGAAGCUAUAGUGUCCUU